GCUUUCUCAGUAAUAAGCUGACCUGCUCACGGCUAGCUGGGUCUACAGCUAAACAGUUUCAAAUACACAGUAUACUUCAUACACAUUAUAGAAUGAUACAACUCUUCUCAUUUAAAACAUUUUUUUGUUGCAGUGAUAAAAAUGAAGAAUUUGUAAUGUUCAUGAAAAUCCAAGACAAAAAUAAGAAAAUCCUUGAAAUCAGUUAUCAGCUGUGAACAAAUCAGCUGAUCAAUACAGGAAGUAAAGGAGUAAAACUGAACAGGACAAGUAUGGUUUUGAACAAGAAGCCAAAUGAACGGAACCGGAAUAUUCUGGUUCAGAAGGGCAGGAAGUUAAGCAGGAAGCAGGAAUAUAAGCAUUUAGACAUACAGGAGACUCCAUUGGAUACAAAGGUUGCUGAAGAGAGCAGAAGAGAACAUGAGGAUUCAGUGUCUAUGGAAAGCAUGGUUUGUUUGCAUGACGCCGAUGCCAAGGUUUGGUUUGGAACUGCUAUUCAUCAGCUUAGAACUUCAAGAUUCAGAGAAGCGCUGAAAUUAUUUCAGGAUGUAACCAAGUAUGUACAAGGAUUAGCGGGUUACGGAGAGUACAUGAUUUAUAAAAGAACACAAAAUAAAAAAACAACUCUUAGUGCACUGUAUAUGUUUCAAGCACUGGCUUAUGAAGGUUUAUGUAAUCCAAGGAAAGCUAUUGAGUCCUGUAAUUCAUCUAUAGCUGAAGACCCAGGAUGGCCAAUACCCUUCAGUAAGAGAUCAGACUAUUUCUCCUGCUUUGAACAGUUUCUGCUUGACACAGAUGGCGCCACUAGCGAGGAAGCGCAAAGAUGCCGCGCCAGAGCAAAUAUAAUAGUGAAUGUGCAGGGAAUCAAAGACGACCAGCAUUUCAAUGAUCUUCAAGAAGCGUUGAAUGCCGCAAAUGACGGAGAUGAAAUUUUUAUUGAAAAGGGGUUUUAUUACAGAGAGGAGGGCUAUAAUGUAACAUCCGAAUGUUCUUUAAUUGGUGCAAGCUCAAGAGGAUGCAUCAUCGUUAGUAAAGGAAAUCCAACUCUUCAAAUAUUUGGCGGGAAAAGAACAAAGGGUAGUGGUAUAGUUAUGACAAGAUUGCAAUUCAGAAACAAGAUUGAUGUUUUGCCUGAGUCUGACACUGAUGAAGAAAUCAUGAAAUCUAGCGCAUCUCAUAUUUUUAUUAUCUCACCGGAAAGCAUUACAAUAAGGGAUAGUUUAUUUGUGGGAGGCACAGAAGAGUCAGGAGGAAUACUAGUAGCAGAAGAAGCAUUUUAUCAAAGCUUGCUGGAACUAGAGUUUCAGAAUCCAGAGAUUCUCCAGGGAUCUGAUCAGGUGGCAGAUAUAAGUUUACGUCUUCUAAUCAACAAUUGUAUUUUCUCCGACAUCAAGCUUAACUCUCCAAUCUUCUCUAACAGUCAAUCUACGGUGAUCUUAUCUAACAGUGUGCUUUACAACUGCUCAACAGGAAUAAAAGCUCAAGAGGGAUCCACUAUUAAUUUGUUCAACUCUGAGAUUAGAAAUUGUUCUCAAAAUGGUAUUGACACAGACAGCAGUUCUACCCUUAACAUAAGAGGAGGUUAUAUUUAUGGCAGUGGUUCAGGAGAAGGGAAACAUUUUGCAGGAUUGGUUCUUCGUGGAAAUACAAAAGCAAACAUUGCUAAAAGUCUAUUCAG